UUAAGUGAGCAGCGCACUUCUUAUUCCUGCCCAAUUUCCAACUUCCAAUUUCCAAACACUCGGAUCGUAGUUCCCUCCAUUCUUCCGAAAGAUAAACUAGCUAAUAGAAACCUAUGGGGACUUCUGUUGAUGCUGCAAUAAAGGAGGAAAAUGGAAAUAUAGCUGAGAAGAAGCCUACAGUUGUUUUUGUUUUGGGUGGCCCAGGCAGCGGAAAGGGUACCCAAUGUACAAACAUUGUCCAGCACUUUGGUUAUACUCAUCUCAGUGCUGGAGAUCUUCUUCGAGAAGAAAUCAAGUCUGGCUCUGAAAAUGGAACCAUGAUUCAAGACAUGAUUAAGGAGGGGAAGAUUGUGCCUUCAGAGGUGACAAUUAAGCUUCUUCAAAAAGCAAUGCAGGAAAAUGAAAAUGACAAAUUUCUGAUUGAUGGUUUUCCUCGUAAUGAGGAAAACCGUGCGGCAUUUGAAUCCAUUACCAAAAUUGAGCCACAGUUUGUCUUGUUCUUUGAUUGUUCUGAAGAAGAGAUGGAGAGGCGCCUUUUGAAUCGGAAUCAGGGAAGAGUAGAUGAUAACAUCGAGACAAUAAGGAAGCGGUUUAAAGUAUUUUUAGAAUCUAGUAUGCCGGUGAUCGAGUACUAUGGCUCUAAGGGAAAAGUUCGGAAGAUUGAUGCCAGUAAACCAGUUGAAGAGGUUUUUGAAGCAGUUAAAGCAAUUUUUACCCAGAAAGAUGAGAAGGCUGCAGUCUAGGUGUUGCAAUUGUGCCAGAGAUAUUGGAUCUAAUAUAUAUGAAGGUGAUGGUUUGUGUUGAUUGUGUGCCACUAUACUUAGUUGCAUGAGGUAUUAUUGUUUGCUGGGUAUUCUUUUUUUGUCCGAGAGGUUCGAUACUUAUCAUAGCUGACGACGGCGGUCUCAUGUAAUGAGAGGCGUUUAUACCUCUUUAUUCUUGCUGCCGUAUGUUCCAAUAACAAGGUUCACAAUAAAAUUAGCCUCCAUUUUUUGGAUGAUAAA